UUGUAUGAUUUUGGCGACGAUAUAAAUUCUCAAUUAUAUGAAAUUAUAAAGAAUAAUGAAACCACUUUGAAAAGUUUGGGUUUUUAUCCGUUUGCUAUUGGUAGACAAGAUUGGCGUGAAUUAAUGUUGGAUUUUAGAAGUGAACUUCUUACAAAUUUAAAAUUACAGGAAUUUCAAAUAUGUAGCUAUGUGGACUGGCCAAAAAUGAAAGAUUUUAUUGAAAAGCAAAAUUUAAUAUCAAAUUUGAGCAUGUGUAAUAGUCGAUAUAACCUAACAGAAAAUGACAUUAUUUCAAUUAUAAAUAAUUUACCACUUCUAGAAGUAUUAAAUUUGGAGAGAAACGAUGCUUUCAAUAGUACUGCUAUGAAAAAAGUAUUAGAAUUAAGGCAUCUUAAAAUUUUGAAUAUAAAUCAAGCAUAUAAUUCUUUUAAUUAUGAUAUUACACCAAGAAAAAAUUUUAAGCUAGUACAAUUACAAUGUGAUGGAAUUAAUUUGAACGAUGAAAAUUUUUGUAAAUUAUUUGAGAAUUUACCAAAUCUUGAAGUUUUACACACAAGUACAACUACAGUUAGUAACAUCGGUAUACAAUCUAUAAUCAAAAAUUGUAAAAAGCUCACUGAAUUACAUUUUGUUGGUAGUGAAAAGAUUACAAAGUACGGUUUGAAUGGUAUUGAUCCAGUUUCAAGUGAAAAAACGGGGAAUUGUAUAACAGAAUUAAAAAAUUUAGAAGUAUUGAAUGUGCGAAACUGUCACAUAACUAAAGAUCUACCACUUGAGUUGAAAUUCCAAAACUUAAAGAAGCUUAUUUUAACUGAUAUUUUUUUGGAAAAUUCAAUUCUGGACGAAACAAUAUUUGAAUGUAUUAGAAAAAACUGUCCAAAUGUCAAUUAUCUAUCUGUAUUUCUUAAAAAUGUUGAUACCUCUGAAGAAAUUGAAAGUGUAAUUGAGCGCAUCACAGAAAAAUUGGGUUGUAAUAUUAAAGAUUGGAUUUAUCAUCAUCUUCAAGAUGGCUUUUGGAUAAGUAUAAGUAAUAGCUAAUAUUUAUAAAUAUUUAGAGGUGAAGGAAAUAAAAGCGGCACAAUUAACAUGUCAUCAAUGGUUACGAGCAUCUGAAUUUCAAGAAUUCGAGCAAAGAAUAGUAUUUAAAAAUUUUAUUUGGAAUGGCAAUUUGGAAUUAUUUAAAAAAAGUUUUAGAAGAAUUUCAAAUAUAUUUUUAAAAUUGGAUAGACAA